AUGGCAGAUAAAUUAACAAGAAUUGCUAUUGUCAACCAUGACAAAUGUAAACCUAAGAAAUGUCGGCAAGAAUGCAAAAAGAGUUGCCCUGUGGUUCGAAUGGGAAAACUAUGCAUUGAGGUUACACCCCAGAGCAAAAUAGCUUGGAUUUCUGAAACUCUUUGUAUUGGUUGUGGUAUUUGUAUUAAGAAAUGCCCCUUUGGCGCCUUAUCAAUUGUUAACUUACCAAGCAACUUGGAAAAAGAAACAACACAUCGAUAUUGUGCCAAUGCCUUCAAACUUCACAGGUUACCUAUCCCUCGUCCAGGUGAAGUUUUGGGAUUAGUUGGAACUAAUGGUAUUGGGAAGUCAACCGCUUUAAAAAUUUUAGCAGGAAAGCAAAAGCCAAAUCUCGGAAAGUAUGAUGACCCACCGGAUUGGCAAGAAAUUUUGACUUACUUCCGUGGAUCUGAAUUGCAAAAUUACUUUACCAAGAUUCUAGAAGAUGACCUCAAAGCUAUUAUCAAGCCUCAGUAUGUAGACCAGAUUCCCAAAGCUGCAAAGGGGACAGUAGGGUCUAUUUUGGACCGAAAGGAUGAAACAAAGACACAAACAAUUGUAUGUCAACAGCUUGAUUUAACCCAUCUAAAAGAACGAAAUGUGGAAGAUCUUUCAGGAGGAGAGUUGCAGAGAUUUGCUUGUGCUGUCGUUUGCAUACAGAAAGCUGACAUUUUCAUGUUUGAUGAACCUUCUAGUUACCUAGAUGUCAAGCAGCGUUUAAAGGCUGCUAUUACUAUCCGAUCUCUAAUAAAUCCAGAUAGAUAUAUCAUUGUGGUGGAACAUGAUCUAAGUGUAUUAGAUUAUCUCUCUGACUUCAUCUGCUGUUUAUAUGGCGUACCAAGUGCAUACGGUGUUGUCACUAUGCCUUUUAGUGUAAGAGAAGGCAUAAACAUUUUUUUGGAUGGUUACGUUCCAACAGAAAAUUUGAGAUUCAGAGAUGCAUCACUUGUUUUUAAAGUGGCUGAGACAGCAAAUGAAGAAGAAGUUAAAAAAAUGUGUAUGUAUAAAUAUCCCGGAAUGAGAAAAAAGAUGGGAGAGUUUGAGCUAGCAAUUGUAGCUGGAGAGUUUACAGAUUCUGAAAUCAUGGUGAUGUUGGGGGAAAAUGGUACCGGUAAAACGACAUUUAUCAGAAUGCUUGCUGGAAGACUGAAACCUGACGAAGGAGGAGAAGUACCGGUUCUAAACGUCAGUUAUAAGCCACAGAAAAUCAGUCCCAAGUCAACUGGAAGUGUUCGACAAUUACUACAUGAAAAGAUACGAGAUGCUUACACUCAUCCACAAUUUGUGACUGAUGUAAUGAAGCCUCUGCAAAUUGAAAACAUCAUUGAUCAAGAGGUACAGACAUUAUCUGGUGGUGAACUGCAGCGAGUAGCUUUAGCUCUUUGUUUGGGCAAACCUGCUGAUGUCUAUUUAAUUGAUGAACCAUCUGCAUAUUUGGACUCUGAACAAAGAUUGAUGGCAGCGCGAGUUAUCAAACGCUUCAUACUCCAUGCUAAGAAGACAGCCUUUGUUGUGGAACAUGACUUCAUCAUGGCCACCUAUCUAGCAGAUCGAGUCAUUGUUUUUGAUGGUGUUCCAUCUAAGAACACAGUUGCAAACAGUCCUCAAACCCUUUUGGCUGGCAUGAAUAAAUUUUUAUCUCAACUUGAAAUUACAUUCAGAAGAGAUCCAAACAACUAUAGGCCAAGAAUAAACAAACUCAAUUCCAUUAAGGAUGUAGAACAAAAGAAGAGUGGAAACUACUUUUUCUUGGAUGAUUAG